AUGGACCGCUACCGUGGCUUUUGGUGGCACCCCGACUCAUGCGGUAUCCUGGUCGCCCGCGUCGACGAAUCGAGCGUCCCCGUUUACCGAAUCAUGCACCAGGAAGUGGAAGAUGGUCACGCGUACGAAGAUCAUCGCUAUCCUUUUGCCGGAAAAGAAAAUCCCACCGUCCGACUCGCCUUUGUACCGAUCGAUUCCGUCUCCGUGGCACAAUCCUUGACCGCCACGGAGUAUCUCGCCCGCGUCUACUGGUUGCCCGAUGGUUCUGCCGUGGCCCAGUGGCAGAAUCGGACCCAAACCGUGACGGUCUGGCAACGGAUACCCGUACUGGAAACACCGAUACGACCGCGGACGCUCGUCAUGGAACGCACCGACGUGUGGAUCAAUCUGCACCACAUGUUCCACGUUUUACCGGAACCGGUUGCUCCCCAGCAGUGCGGAACGUCCGGACGCGACCCUCAAAUCCCGCCCUUUCCUGCACCCUUACCGCCCGGAGCCUUUUCCUUUCUCCUCGCGUCCGAACGCAGCGGCUUUCAACAUUUGUACCUAUACACGUAUUGUCCGGGCAUCAACGGCGAACAGGCAGUGCUGUUGCGGACCAUCUCGGCGGGGGAAUGGAUUGUGGAAAGUAUCGUUGGUGUGGAUAUGGACAGGGAUGUCGUGUUCUUUACCGGCACGUACGAUUCAGUCCUGGAACGACACUUGUACGCCUUGCCACUUACGUAUCGAGACGAAGUCAAAGCGAACGGUAUGGACUCUGACGGCGGGUCAACUGUACGCCCAAUUCGCUUGACCGUGGACUCGGGAAUGCACAGCAUCGUGAUGGACGAGGAUUGUGAAAUCUUUGCAGACACUAGUAGUGAUCUAGAUCGACCAACGUCGGUCAAGAUUUACGAAGUGUCCAAGAACAUUCUGGCUCGGUUACUAGCCAAUUUACCCGCACCAGAACUGUUGAAAUUCCCCACGUCGGACGGGUCGGAAAUGCUGCACGCGGCACUUUACCGCCCCGAUGCUCGUAUACACGGCCCAGGUCCGUAUCCCUUGAUUUGUGCUGUUUAUGGCGGUCCCCAUGUCCAACGCGUGAACCGUUCGUGGUCACAGUGUGCCGAUAUGCGAGCACAGCGACUGCGGAGUCUGGGUUUCUGCGUCGUCAAAUGCGACAAUCGUGGUUCCUCCCGGCGAGGCCUGGCGUUCGAAUCGGCAAUUUCGCGGCGACUUGGUCGUCUUGAAGUGCUGGAUCAAGUGGCUGCGGUACGACAACUCGCCGCCCGAGGUGUGGCCGAUCCUAACCGUGUGGGUAUCUAUGGCUGGUCCUAUGGAGGCUAUCUGUCGGCCAUGUGCUUGUGUCGGGCACCGGAUGUGUUCCACGCAGCCGUUGCCGGUGCUCCGGUGACCUCCUGGGACGGCUACGACACCCACUACACCGAGCGGUAUAUGGGCCUACCGUCCGAUAAUCCGGCAGGAUACCGCGAAUCGGCCUUGUUUGAACACAUUCCGAACAUGUCUGGGUCCUUGUUAAUGAUCCACGGUUUGAUUGACGAAAAUGUACACUUUAGACACACGGCGAGGCUCAUAAAUAAGUUGGUGGCGUCCGGUAAGUCCUACGAGCUAUGCAUCUUUCCCGACGAACGACAUUCGCCCCGACGAUUACGGGAUCGCAUUUAUAUGGAGCAGCGCAUUGGCGACUUUUUCGUAGAACGUUUG